UCCCAGAAGACUGCAAGGAAAGAUGGUGGGGGGUGAACUUCCACUUGGAUCGCCUGGGUCAGGGGUAUCAAACUGGUGGCCCUCCAGCUGUUGCAAAACUACAAGUCCCAUCAUGCCUCUGCCUUUGGGAGUCAUGCUUGUAACUGUCAAUCUUGCAAUGCCUCAUGGGACUUGUAGUUUGGCAACAGCUGGAGGGCUGCCAGUUUCACACCUCUGUUGCAAAACUACAAGUCCCAUGAGGCAUUGCAAGAUUGACAGUUACCAGCGUGACUACCAAAGGCAGAGGCAUGAUGGGACUUGUAGUUUCGCAACAGCUGGAGGGCCGCCAGUUUGACACCCCUGCGCUAGAGAGUCAGCUGUGUGUCUGUCUACAGGGGACAUCGGUUGGUGUCCUGAAGAGCUCAGUCUAUCUAGGUCCUUGUGUAUUUCUCUAAAGGAAGAAGCCUGUGUGA